AUGAGUCUUGAGGUAAGUAACAAACUCAGCGAAGAAAUCAUAUCCCCAAUAGUUCAAGAUCUUGUGCUUGCAGCUGGCUACUCUGAAGAUCCUAGGCAAAUGCACAGACCUCCUGCUCCUAAUAAAUGUAUGUUGAUUGCUUACUUACCUUGUGUUUUAAGAUAUUCUUUGUAUACCUUUCAUGCUUGCUUCAAGGUUGCUUUAAAAUUAUCUUUGUCAUAUUUCGUAAAGAACUUGUCUUCAGUCAUUACUAUGUCUAUUGGCACUGAAUCAACUACAGGUGCUAGAUCUAGCACACUUAGCAAAAUAGAUCAGAAAUCCUUCAUGCUUUUGUCAGAAAUAAAGGGUAAAUGA